UAAUGAGAUCAUUUUUAAGCUUUUUUUGAGAAUAUAACUUAUAAGAUUGUCGAGACAACCCUGCAAAAAACUAAAAACAGUUUAAAAAAUACUAUUCUCGCCUUGUCUACUACACGUGCUAGCGAGAUAGCAUCGAAUCGAUAGCGCAAUCGCCUGACAAGCGAGAGGUCGUGGGUUCAAGUCCCACUCGAUUCAUCACCUUUGCAGCACUUGGAAAGAUAAUGAGCAGGAUUACUUAUACCAAUAUAUCUCACAUAUGUACCGUUGUUCCUAUAGUAUUGUUCAAGAAUAGUAGCUUAAGUUUCUCGCGCCAUUUUUAAAUUUUUUAUGUCUUUUCUUUAACAGUCAAUCCGAAACAACGUUCCUGUGUUAACCGUUUAAAUUACUCCCAGUAAAAUUGAGGAAAUGGAUUUCGUUCUUUCCGUACCUUAACACAACGUAAGAUGUACUCAAAAUUACAAAUUUUAGAAUAUCAGGUCUCAACAGAAAAUAAGUUAUUUCUUUCAAAUCCUAUAAAAAGAAUAACAUUGGGUUUGUAAAAUUUCUUGGUGUGAUUUUUAAAUCUAUCUAUUUUGUGUCUCUUAAUUAGACAUUUUUAGUUCCAAUGACGUCGUUAAAAUUACUUUUUUCCGUAUGAAACCAAACUAAAAUAUAUGUCACGUCUUUUUAAAUUUCGAUGACGUCAUAAAUUAUAUCUAUAAUGAGUUUGUAUCAAUAAUAUAUUGAUACAAACUCAUUUUACAACUCUAUAAUAAAAGUCCAGGAUAUACAACUAGCAGGCACUAUAAAGAAAAACGGGGAAAUCGGGUUAACAAGGGUUUAUUUUAUAUUCCGACACAACAGUUAAUAAGUCCCACGUGUCUUUUUUAACCCGAUAUUUUAAUUUAUCCGAAUUAUAAAUUCGGAAAAACUGUUGCUAUGGGAUACAACGACAUGUUAAAAAAAUGCAUAUUUUUUUGUUAAUAAAAAACAUUUUUUAAAAACACGUGUUAACAGCGCCUGGCAUUGUAAAAAGCAGAACAGCGUGAUGUAAACAACAGAGGAUUCCUUAAGUAUUUAAGAUGGAAUAUUUUGUUCUGCAAAGUAUAAAGACUUGUAGGAAAACACAAACGAUGAGGCAGAGUACAACUCUGCUAGGUGAAACAGUGAAGGAACAGCGAUGAAUGUCAAGUUAAAAAAACUCCUGAUUUUCAUCUUGUGCGUUUGUCUGGUUAUCGAGAGCAUCAUAAUUCUCCGACACAUAAACAACGACGAAAAUCCAAAACGACGCUACAUCGACGUGUAUUAUCAAUUCGAAAAGCGAGAGUCGAGUAAUUCAAAGAGAGAAAUCCGCCAAUCUACAGACAUUCCACACAACAAGGAAAAUAAAGACAAUAUAUAUCUACCAACAACAACUAUUUUAAGUCGGCUACCUCCACGUUCGACGAACGCAAGAAUAAUUACAAAAUCUUAUAUUACAAAUACAGAGAAUUCUGAUGCACCAAAGAUUUCGAACAAAAUAAGCGGUAAAGUGAACGUGUUUCUGUACGAUAGCAUAUGUUUCGAUCUUGAUCCGAAAAACAUGUUCUGGAAUGCUUUGUUUCCGUCGCAUCCAGCGAACGCUAGCAUGAUAAGUUCUCUUGAAGAGGAAAAGUUAAUAGAGAUUUCGACAGCAAGGCGAAUUACAGGUUUUAUCUCGCCUAUUCAAACUGAUUAUUAUGAGUUCGAAAUCUCAUCUCGGUCUGGUUGUGAAUUCAUGUUGAUUGAGAACUAUAACCAAAAAUAUAGUGUAACUAUAAAUAAAUUCUUGUUAAGGUUUGGCUUACACAAAGACGAAAUUCUUCGCGAUGAUUCCAAACUUAAAUCUUUAGAGCUCUUUAAAAAACGAUCCAACAAAACAGUACUGUUAACCCAGGGUCGAAAAUACUUGUUCGACCUCGCACACGCAGUGCAAAUAUACGGAAGGUUCGAGAUAAAAUGGAAAACCAUAAAAGAAGAAAAUUUCCAUUCAAUUCCAUCUGAAGUUCUUUCUCCGCUCGACACUUCACCGAAUGUAAACCCACGGUUACCGAACAUUCAAUAUUUAGAAACAUCAAGACAAACUCAGCUAUUACAAACUAACAAGAAAAACUACUUCUACAAAAGAAUUCAACUAAAUGAAAAUCUAACAAUGGAGGAGUGUGAUUACACUCCAUCGUACAUCCCUGACAAAGUAGCAGAAGGACACGGUGUAGGGUACGUUCGGCUUGAUCUUCUCUAUCCGCGAGAUGAAAUGAUUGAAACGCAUAUACCUGGUGGACCUGCACUGUGGAUAGAUAAUCACACAGCACUGAACGUAGUACAAUCACACUUAACUCUUUUAAGCAGAAAUUACACAGUAGACUCGAUUGUUCACAUCGAGGAAAAUAAAGAGGACAAGCACGGUAAACGAUACUUUGUUGAGUUGGACCUUAAACAUGAAACACAGCCCAACAUCUACCGCUCUAGUGAAUGGAUUUUUAUAAAAAACAAUGGCGAACUGUGUAAACCUAAAGGCUAUCAGUGGAAACCACACGAGAAAAUAUAUUUACUAACGCCGGUGAAAAACCAAAGAAGAUGGAUCCAAUAUUUAAUCGAAAGUAUUAAUCAUAUUGUCAAAGUUACUGGUGAAAAGCAGAUUCAUUUAAUAAUGGUAGAUUUUAACAGCACAGACGCCAUAUUGGAAGAUAUCUUGAAAGAAGCAAAUUUUCCGUACACGUUGUUGAAACGACCGGGAAAAUUCUGUAAAGUUAGAGGAUUAAAUUUAGCUGCGCAAUCCAUCUCUGAAGAAGACGCUCUCAUGUUCAUCAUGGACCUUCAUCUUCAAAUUCCUUUGUUUAUAUUCGACUACAUCCGAAAACAUACCUUUAAAUCAAAAACAACUUAUUGCCCAAUCCUCUUACGUUUUUAUUGUGGUGAACAUCCCGAAUACACAGAAAUGAGUAAAAAUUCAAUAUGGCAGGAGAUUGGGUAUGGGAUGAUUUCGAUAUUCAAAAGCGAUUGGAACAAAAUCGGAGGUAUGGAUGAAGAGAAGUUUGGCGGGAAAUGGGGCGGAGAAGAUUGGGAUUUAGUGGAACGAAUCAUAAAAAACAAAAUAGAAGUUAUACAUCAUAGAAUACCUGGGUACUAUCACUUGUAUCAUUCAACUAAAGGAACAUGGGACGGAACAAAACUUUUUUGACAUGUAGUCAACAUUUUUUUUAUCGACAAUAUUAUUCGCAUCUAAAGGUAGUAGAAACAUUUCUGGCUUUAGUUGCCUAAUUUCCGUUUACAAGGUAUAUUUGAUGUAUAUUAAAAAAAAUUUUUUAAGUAUUAACGCUAUAGAAUAUAUUAUAUAAUUUAUCAGCUAGAUAGAUCCUAAAUGUAUGAGUUAAAUAAAUAUAAUUUUUUUAUAGCUCAA